CUCUGUCUGGUGAUGGUGAACACACUCCUCUGCCUGGUGCACAUGUUGUGCAGGGUCCUUCUCUCUGCCACUGUCACCACUGAGCCAGCCAUCCUCAGCAGUUUGUCCACACGAGCUGUGUCCGUCUUCUUGCUGCUUCCUCCCCAGCACUCACCACAACAUAGAAGAAGACCACCACCACAGACUGGUAAAACAUCUAUCUAUCUAUCUAUCUAUCUAUCUAUCUAUCUAUCUAUCUAUCUAUCUAUCUAUCUAUCUAUCUUAAUAAGCAUACAAGCCUUGUGCAAUUGAAAGGUCACUUCACUGUGUGUGUGUUUGUUUCUUGCUGCAUACAGCAUGUGUGCAUGUACACUUCCUGUUUGACGUGUUUUACCAGGUGUGCCUCAGUGUGUGAUACCAGGUGAUUCAGCCUAUCCUGGUUUCAUUUUGAGAUAGUGUGUCUGCGUAAACAGCUCUCUCGCUUGAAGUGUACAUGGUGGGAGGUGUGUGCAUGUGUGAGAGCACAGAGCGCUGAGUACAUGUUUGCUCAGUAAUCUCUGGCUCGACCUGUCUGAUAGGUGUGGGCUGGCUGGCAGUAACUUGCUCAGGGUGCUGCAGGCAGAAGAGUGGGAAAGGAGAUCCUGGGAACGAGGAGCGGAGCAAGAAAAAGAGGAAUACUUCAGGAUGUAACAAAACCCAGAGGAGAUUCUUCUUCUGUGGUGCGACCAAUGGGUCUGGGAUUCUAAUGUGGCAUUUUAGGCUCUGGGAUCUUCAAGAUGUUGCUGUGUUUCUCAGCAUCACAUUAUAUAUGUGUCACUUAGCUGGAGCCAUCUCCAUUAAUUCUCCCCAGAGGAGCCUCACCCGGUCGGUGCAGGAGGAUGUGUUUUUCUCAGUGGAUGUAGCCUGCAUUGGGAUCCCCACCAUACAAUGGACUUUUAUGUCAGGAGCGGUGAGCCGCACCAUAGGGACUUGGCAGCCGGGGGUGUACACCAACAUAACGGUGGAUUACAGCAGCAGAGUGCAGCCCUACAGAAAUGGCUCCAUGGGCCUGUCAGACCUGCGGCUGCAGGACGGCGGAUACUACGUGAUCACUGUCACAGAAACAACAGGAAACAGCAAAGAUGCUGGACAUGUCCUGAAAGUCAACGAGGUGCUGUAUGAAGAUCUACAGUACCUGUCUGUGUCAGCCUUAGCACUGGCCUGUUUGGCUGGCCUUCUCAUGCUGUCCAUGUGGCUGCUAGACAAGGCCUACAGGAAGAUAGUAGCCUGGAGACGCAGGAAACAGAUGCCAGAAAAUGACGCAACUGAGCUGCAGCCUCUCUGAUGGACGUCUCGCUGUGCCAGAGACACCGGAGAAGAUGACUCGUCAAUUCUCAAAGACUGUGUAUCAAGAAGAUCUGUCCUAUGUUUACAUUUUGUCUUAAAUAUUCAUUCACAUCUCACUGCUGACACUGAAUGUAAAUAUGUCACUCACACUGGAAAACAAUGCUACUCUAUUUAUUGUCAAAGCAAACGGAUCGUGUGAUUCUUUUAAACUUAAAUUAUGUGUUGGAAAAAACCUUUAAAUUUAUAGAGCAGGUAGUCUGUAUCAGACUUCAGACAGCGAGAAUCAUGAAACCACUUUUCAGAUCUCUAAACCU